AUGCCCCAGCUCGGCGGCGGCGGCGGAGCGGGGGGCGGCGGCGGCGCGGCGGGCGCCGGGGCGGCCGGCGGCGGGGACGACCUCGGGGCGAACGACGAGCUGAUCCCCUUCCAGGACGAGGGGGGCGAGGAGCAGGAGCCGAGCAGCGACAGCGCCUCGGCGCAGCGAGACCUGGACGAGGUCAAGUCGUCCCUGGUCAACGAGUCGGAGAACCAGAGCAGCAGCUCGGACUCGGAGGCGGAGAGGCGCCCGCAGCCCGCCCGGGACUCCUUCCAGAAGCCGCGGGACUAUUUCGCCGAAGUGAGAAGGCCCCAAGACGGCGCGUUCUUUAAGGGCCCCCCGUACCCCGGGUACCCCUUCCUGAUGAUCCCGGACCUGAGCAGCCCGUACCUCCCCAACGGACCCCUUUCUCCUGGAGGAGCGCGCACGUACCUGCAGAUGAAAUGGCCUCUCCUGGAUGUCCCCUCCAGCGCCACAGUCAAGGACACCAGGUCACCAUCCCCAGCACACUUGUCCACUGGCCUCCGUGGGAUUCCUCAAACGUGCCGAGCAUGCUGCCCACCUCAAGGUCACUGCACUGAUGUUCCUUCUGCCAAAAUGCUCUUGCCCCACAUAUCUACACAUCCCACCUCCCACUUCCCUCAGUCCAAUAAGGUUCCUGUUGUUCAGCACCCACAUCACAUGCACCCGUUGACGCCCCUCAUUACCUACAGCAACGACCACUUCUCCCCUGGUUCCCCUCCCACACACCUCUCCCCAGAGAUCGAUCCAAAGACAGGAAUCCCCCGGCCCCCUCACCCAUCUGAGCUGUCUCCAUACUAUCCACUUUCUCCUGGAGCUGUCGGACAAAUCCCCCAUCCCCUCGGCUGGCUCGUUCCACAGCAAGGACAGCCCAUGUACUCCCUUCCUCCCGGUGGCUUCCGGCACCCCUACCCUGCCCUCGCCAUGAACGCCUCCAUGUCCAGCCUGGUUUCCAGUCGGUUCUCCCCUCAUAUGGUGGCUCCAGCCCAUCCUGGUCUACCCACCUCAGGGAUCCCCCACCCCGCCAUCGUGUCACCUAUUGUCAAGCAGGAGCCUGCACCCCCCAGCCUGAGCCCGGCUGUGAGCGCGAAAUCACCGGUCACGGUGAAAAAGGAAGAAGAAAAGAAACCCCACGUGAAGAAGCCUCUUAAUGCCUUCAUGUUGUAUAUGAAGGAGAUGAGGGCCAAGGUGGUGGCUGAGUGCACCCUGAAGGAAAGUGCAGCCAUUAACCAAAUCCUGGGAAGAAAGUGGCACAACCUGUCCCGUGAAGAACAGGCCAAGUAUUACGAACUGGCCCGCAAGGAGCGGCAACUUCAUUCUCAGCUCUACCCGACCUGGUCAGCCCGGGACAACUAUGGUAAGAAAAAGAAGAGGAAGAGAGAAAAGCAGCUGUCGCAGACACAGUCCCAGCAGCAAGUUCAAGAGGCAGAGGGGACUCUGGCCUCCAAAAGCAAGAAGCCAUGCGUUCAGUACCUGCCUCCGGAGAAGCCCUGUGACAGCCCUGCCUCCUCCCAUGGCAGCAUGCUGGACUCCCCUGCCACUCCCUCUGCAGCCCUGGCCUCGCCAGCUGCUCCUGCUGCAACCCACUCAGAGCAAGCCCAGCCCCUCUCCCUCACCACCAAGCCAGAGACCCGGGCUCAACUGGCUCUCCACUCGGCUGCCUUCCUGUCGGCUAAGGCCGCAGCCACCACCUCUGGCCAGUUGGGUAGCCAGCCACCCCUCCUCUCCCGACCCCUCCCCAUCGGGUCCGUGCCUACAGCUCUGCUGACUUCUCCUCCUACCUUCCCAGCCACACUCCAUGCCCACCAGACCCUGCCAGUACUCCAGGCCCAGCCUCUUUCCUUGGUCACCAAGUCUGCCCACUAAGCUGCCCCCUGACCUACGCAGGCUGACAAGUGACUCAUCGAGUAGUAAUGAUUCAGAAGAAAAAAAAAGAAACUUUAUUGGUCAAUAUUUGACCACUCUGGACUGUUCUGUAAAGUGACUGGUAACAACAGCACUUUACAUUUUGUAGAUGUAACCAGUAGCUGAUCUUAAGGCUUUUUUAAAAAAAACAAAACAAACAAAAAAAAUUCUUUAAAAGAAAGAGAACUGAACAGUAGUGUGUUAUUCUCCCCUAAGUGCUGUCGUGGAUGGACCUGGGCAGAAGACACCCAUCUCUCUACCUCUUGUUCCUCCUGCCCCCUCCCUGCUCCCCAUGCCCACCAUGUCCUGCCCAGUGCGCAUGUUGGCCACUGCUGCCGUUCCUGUCUGUCCCUCUUCUAGAUCCCACUGCUGGACAUUUACUUUUAUCUCGCCCAAGUUUUUUCUCCUUUCCUCAAUUCCACCGGUUCUUUGCCUCCUUCGUUCUCUGCCCAGUGUAAGGCUGUCACCAUGUGAAAAGCCAGCUCUGCCUGAUUUUUCUCCACCAGCAUCUCCUGCCCCUCAGUGAGCCCUGACCCACCAGUCUCCAGCUUCCAGUAGGGAAAGAAGUUCUCUGAAAUGGUUCUUCCCCACAUUUGAAGGGACUCAAGGUGUGUGCCUGCCACUUCCUCCUCGAAGAAGUCUGUGUUCCACCCCCUUACCAAUUGAGAUCUGAUCUUUCCCUGAUGGUCCCAGCAUGGCAGAUGGGACCGGGCUCCUAGGCCUGGCUCCUGUCCCCUGGGUAAGUGCUAGCACAAUCUGCCAAAGUUCUAAAGACCCUCCUCCCCACCACCUCACAUGCUUCUGUGUGUAUUUCUUUUUGUUUUUAUGGGGGUUUUUUUUGGAGCAAUUUAAACUCCCAGUUGUUUAUUUUCACAAAAGAAAAUAAAAUUGCAGUUGCAAAACCUUUUCUGAUUGUUUCAGUCCUUUUGUUGAAUCAAGUCCCAACUUCAUGCCAAGCCCUGUGAAAGAUUUCUGUGGAGAGGCAGAAAAAGAUCAUC